UCUUCUUGCAGCCUAAACUGUACCGCUCGGUGAUUGAGGAUGUCAUUAAUGACGUGCGGGAGCUCUUCCUGGACGAGGGAGUCGAUGAGCAAGUCCUGAUGGAGCUCAAGACGCUCUGGGAGAGUAAGCUGAUGCAGUCGAAGGCGGUGGAUGGGUUUCAUUCGGAAGAGCAGCAGCUUCUACUGCAGUCACAGCAACAGCAACAGCAGCAUCAGCAGCAGCAGCACCACCACCACCACCACGUCCAGCCUCACCCGCAGCAACAGCAGACCAUGCAACACCAAACCCCGGCGCAGCAAGUCCUCAUCCCUGCCACACACCAAGCGUCUCAACAGCAAGUUCUGAUUCCAAGCAACGAUUCCAAGCUGAUCCAUCACAUGACUUCUCAAGGAAUGAGUGCGGCGGCUACAGCGGCCACCCUGGCACUACCCGCCGGCGUGACACCUGUUCAGCAGCUCAUCACCAAUUCUGGUCAGCUGCUACAGGUGGUGAGAACAGCCAAUGGCGCGCAGUAUAUUAUACAACCCCAACAGCAGAUGGUCCUACAACAGCAAAUGAUUCCACAGAUGCAGCCCGGAGGGGUACAAGCUCCGGUCAUACAGCAGGUGACGCCCGAACCCCUGAACAGUGAAGAUGAUGUCAGUGACGAGGAGGGUCAGGAGCUGUUCGAUACGGAGAACUGAUUUGAUUUUUGUUUCUCGCAGAUCCACAGGAGUAAAAACAAGUGGAAGUUUCAUCUCAAAGACGGGAUUAUGAACCUGAAUGGCCGUGAUUUUGUCUUCUCUAAAGCCAUCGGAGAUGCCGAGUGGUGAAACCUUUCCCCCACUCCCACACACAUCCAAUGGCGGGUGAUUGGCGUGGGGUGAGCGCUCUGACAAAAACUGAAACCAAUCCUGACAACACGGGAAACGCCCCUUUCCCUGGUACCAAUGACAAGAGACUGAAGUGGCAUCUCCCUGCGGGAUUGGUGGAUGGGCUGCACU